AUGGAUGAAGAAGUUAAAACGAAAGUUUUAUCAGACAUGGAUAUUAACUUUGCUGCUCAGUGUCUUCUCUCUAUGUCUCGCGGUAAAGAUCCCGUCAAUUUUUCAAUGGCACUUCCAUUGGAUUUAUCAGAUAAAAAAAACAAAACAAAGGAUUCAUUAAUUCACGAAUCGUCUAACAUGUCUCUCGACAAAAAUAUACAAUUUCUAGAAGAAAUGAUGUUUAUGAAAAAGAAAACAAUGGAAAGGGGAGAAAAUGUCGAGCCAUUGCAUUCGAAUUCAUUUAUGGUUGCCAGAAUUUUGACAGAUUUGACAUCGAUUAAACAGGAUCCAGUGCCGAACGUUAUUUACGAAUUAGACGAAUUAAAUAAAACUAAUAAUAAUAAUAAUAAUAAUAAUAAUACUAAAAAAGAAAUUAAUUGUGUUUACCUGAAAGGUUACAAUCAGAAAUUUUAUAGGAAAUCAAUUUUAAAUUCAAAAAUUAGGAAUAAUAAUAUUAAUAAUAAUAAUAAUAAUAACAUUUUGGGGGAAACUUCAACUUCUGGAUUUGCUAAGAAAACACAUAGGUGCAUGUAUACAGGUUGUAACAAGAUUUAUGGGAAAAGUUCUCAUUUAAAAGCUCAUCUUAGAACUCAUACCGGUUUGAAAAGGUUCAGAGACAAACACAAUGUGCUUUGCCGAAAAGUAGUGUAUGUAUAA